AUGGAUCUAAAUCUUGAUAACAAGGAUAAAGGUUCCAUUGAAGCAUGCCAGUCCGUUGGCCACCUUCUUAAUGAGGUUUUUGAGAUUUUUGUAGAACCAAAGCUCAUCCAACCUACUUUUGUUCUAGACUAUCCGAUUGAGAUAUCUCCCCUUGCCAAACCACACAGAAGAUACACAGGUUUGACUGAGAGAUUUGAACUUUUCAUUUGUGGCCGUGAGUUGGGGAAUGCAUUCUCCGAAUUGACUGAUCCCAUAGAUCAGAGGGGACGCUUGGAAGAUCAAAUUAAACAGCAUGAAAAGAAGAGGUCAGCUAUUUCGGCAAAUGAUGAUAAAAAGGAAGGAAAGGAUGAUGAAGAUGACUCGUAUGAAGUAACUCUUGAUGAUGACUUUCUCACAGCUUUGGAAUACGGAAUGCCUCCAGCUUCGGGAAUGGGACUUGGAAUUGAUAGGCUCGUGAUGCUUUUGACAAAUUCUCCCAGUAUUCGAGAUGUUAUCGCCUUCCCAGUACUCAAGUUGCAGCAAUAGUGAUAUGUUUGUGAGUUCACUGUGCUCACUUUUUGCUCUUUCCUUAAUUAUAUAUGAAAUCGUUUGUAGAACAUGUAACAAGAUCAAGUUAUUUAUUAUUCCUCAAAUUACCUGUUUGGGAGUUUUGAUUUCUGGUAAGGCAAAAUAUGUCACUUAGAAUAUCAACAAAGGAUUAGUUAUUCUUCUCCUACAAUAUCAUUAUUAUUGUCUUCUAGAAGAAAGUUAAGUUGAU